GGAAAUACUUGUGUGAAUUUCUUGCCUCUCGGCACAAAGGACAAUUUCACCAUCCUACAGAAACAAGUUCUAAGAAUGGAUGAAGACUUUAAAACGCAGGCUCUUGACUCCACUCUUCAAAGUCCAUCAGAGACAUUACUUGCCAUUCGACUGCUGGACUUUAAAACAGGUUUAUUGGAGGCAAUAGAAGAACUUCGUAUAAGAAGGGAAGCAGAGAUUAAUUAUGAGGAUCAAAUAAGUAAAAUGGUUGUGGAGAAGCAGGAACUUGAAUGGCAGAAGGAAACUCUGCAGCAUCAGACGGACACAUUGCAACAACAAAAUAAAGAAGCUAUGGCAGCUUUUAAAAAACAGUUACAGGCAAGGAUGUUUGCCAUGGAAGAAGAAAAGGGAAAAUAUCAACUUGCUGUAGAAACAAAAGAGAAAGAAAUCGAUGGACUGAAAGAAGCAUUAAAAGCAUUACAGAUAUCAAAGUACACUUUACAAAAGAAACUGAAUGAAAUGGAUCAAAAAUUACAGAUGCACUUAACAGCAAAAGAAGAGCAUCAUAAGAAACUGAAUGAAGUUGAGAGGUGUUAUGCUACUAUUGCAUGUCAGUUUGGAGUUGUAAAAGCUGCUCAUGGAAAACUAGAGCAAAGUGUACAGGAAGCCAUACAGCUCAAUAAGAAACUAUCAUCUGUCAAUAAAAGACAAGAGACCGAAAUAAACAAUCUGAAGGAAGAACUGAAGAAAGUAACUACAGACUUGAUAAGGUCCAAGGUCACAUCUCAGUACAGAGUUGGAGAAGAAAACAUCAAUCUUGCAGUAAAGGAAAAACAGUUUCAAGAACUGCAACAGAAAAUCAGAAUGGAGACAGCAGUUGGUAAAAAAGUUCAAGAAGAAAACGCUCACAUUAAAGAAGAAAAGCUGGAAAUUCUUAGCUCUCUACAAUGUAUGCAGGAGCUACUUCAGCGAAUAACCCAAGCAAAUGUUAGAAUGGAAAGUGAAUUAAAUGCACUAAAAGAAGAGUAUCAGACCCUUGAAAGAGAUAAUGAGCUGCAAAGGGAGAAGGCAAAGGAAAAUGAAGAAAAGUUCUUUAAUCUUCAGAAUGAGCAUGCAAAAGCACUAAGAACUUGGAAAAAAGAGGAGGAAAACAUGAGAAAAGAAAUAGACACUAUUAAAAAUGAACUGAAUUUGCUUAAAGGAGUUCACAGAAAUCUUGAAGAUUGUCAUCCUCCUCAGGGAAACCAGCAUUCUGAGCAAGUGGAAAAUCUGAAGGUGUGUCCUUAAUAGCUGCAAUACUUUCCAUUUCCUAUCUUUCAAGAACACUCAAAAGACUGUGAGGUACAGGCUAUUCAGAAAGAAAGUGAGUGCAUGCAAUCUCUUGUAAGACAAGAUGGAAAUUUUGGACAUGAAGAAGAAACUGAAGGAAAAACCACAAUGGAUAAGUCUUUAAGCAGUGAGGAAUUACAGACAGAACAAAAUUUACAAGUUAUUGAAAACAGUCUUAAGGAUGAAAUUAAUGUUACUAACCCUUCUGAAGAAAAGCAAGGGGAAGCUUCUUCCAGGAAUAGCCUCUGCACAGAUACCGAUUUAAUUGCCCAGGAACAGACCUCAGAAAUACAUGUCACUGGGUGCAAAGAAGCAGAAAACCUAGGAGCAACAUGUACAAAAUUAAUGGAGAAAAAUAAUGCAAAUUUAGAUCAAAAGCUACAGGACAGCACUGAGCCGUUGGCAUCAUGCCACAUGCCAACAAGAAAGGUGUCUGUAGACAGCACUGAUGCUAUAGGUGCCUACAAGAAAAAUGGAAGUCAGGAAACUGACUCUAGCAAACAAGACUUGUGCAAGAGUACAGAUGAACUGAUAUGUACUAAGGCAGAUAAAAAUUCAAGUAAUACACAACACAAAAAAAGUAUCCCUACACCUGAAGCACCCAAACCCAAGCCUGAAACAGUUCUUUGCUCUGAGAAGAAUGCUGUGUGUGAGGGAAUUACAGAUAAUCAUCAAGCUAAGGAAUUAAGUUUUGGCAUCCUACCUUACAUUAAAGAAAACACUCAAACAGAAUACCAAAAAUGUAGCUUGCUGGACAGUGAAAAUUAUGUAGGCAAUGCAUUACAUAAACCAGAAAAAACUACAUUGAAUCCAAGUGGAUUAGAGAGAGAUGAGCUUCCUUUUAAACAGGUAUGCAUAGAUGCUGAAGAAAGAAAUGAUGACAAUGCCAGAAAUGUGAACAUAAACAGAGCACUAAGGAGCAGUGGUGUUCCAGCAACUGAUGUGCAAAAGCUACCAACAGUUUAUUGUGGUAAUGCAACUUGUGACACUGCCACAAAGGAACACAGUGAUAAUAUGUCUCUCUUAGCUGCUUUCAAUUUUUGCCUCCCCAAAAUACAAAGAGGAAAAACCAUGGAUGAUGUGGGAAACAAGCAACCACAACAAGAAAGUACUGACCAACCAGGGAAUGGUAUAAACACAGGGACUCCCAACACUGAAGCUGUACCUCCAGUGAAGGAUGGUACUCUUGAAAAAAAUGCUCAUGAAAAAACCCAAGCAGAUAAUAUUAGUAUUGAUAAGCUAAUUCCAUGUAAAAAAGUUAAUGAUGAUAUUCGGAUACACUCCAAUGAACAUGGAUAUUCCCUGGAGAUUAAUAAUUCAAAAGAUAAGACAUUGUUAAAAGACUCACUGAACAGUACAGUUCCAGGAAGGAAGUUUGCUGAGGGUCACCUGAAGGAAUCAUGUUCUUUAGCUGUCAGAACAUCUGGAAAUUUAGUAAACAUAAGUGGAAGGUCAUCCUUUGAUCUUUCAACCUUAGAUAAAAAAGCUGAGAAAACUCCAGUAUGCUUAGAUUUUUUAGUCCUCAGUUCUUGUUCAAGAGUAAAUCAAAUGAGAGGUCAAGCUACAUGGGCUUCCAAAGCACCUUCCCUUUUCAAACUACCAUGCUCACUGGAAAACACAAAGGCUGCUUCAAAAAUAAAGUGUCAAAAUCUCAGUGAAACUGUUGACGGAAGAGAAACAGGACUAGGUUCCACCAGUUUUAAAAGAACUGCCAACACUUUGAAUACCUCUAGUAACCAACGAGACCCCCAGGGAGACCCUAGUGAAGAAUGGAAUGCUAUAGCAAAGACUUUUUAUGAUUCUUCUUUUCCCACAGAACAUAUGAAAGAAGGAUUACAGCAUGAGCAGAAGUCACCUCACAAGACUGUAACUCCAGCAAGUGAAAAUGCACCCAGAGAUGAAGAGAGCUGUUCUACUUGUAACUCCAGUGUACAAAACCAAACAGAAGAAACCGAGAAAUUCCUGAAUUUGGAGAGACUUCAUUCAGCAAGGAAAAGAAAAUAUGAAGAAGGUCAGUGA